AUGCCCCACUGGAUUGCUGCAUGCAGCAUCUGGUGGCAGUUCAUCCCCUACUUCCUAGUGGGGGCAGCUGAGACAUUCACCAACGUCGGCGUGCUUGAGAUGUUCUUCACGCAGGUGUCUGAGGGCAUGCGCGCCCUGGGGGCUUCCUUCUACCUCCUGACUGUUGCGAUAGGCACCUACCUCGCCAGCGCACUCAACAUAAUCGUCGCCGCCGCCUUCCCCAACGACCUCUGGGUGGCCAACAACCCCAUGUUUGGUCACUACGACUAUUACUUCUUCCUGAAUGCUGUCAUCUUGGCACUUGGCUAUAUCGCCUUUUUGUUGGUGACGUGGAACUUCCAGGAGAAGCCAGUGCUGGAUGAUGCGAAGGAUCCCUUCAACAAGGAGACCAGGCUCCACAGUGACCUGGCCAAUGUGUCGCGCGCCUGGCCCAGCGUCGCCAGCCGCAGCAGCCGCGCCAGCGAGCUGCGUGCCCGCUCUUCGGUCUCCUUGGCGCGCAGCGCCCCUAAGGAUGGCCACCGCUGCAGUGGGCUGGAGGUGCGGCCUCCGGCCGCGUUUGGCGAGCCUUGA